CCUAAGCCCCUCCAAUUGUUGAGCUGCUGGACACCCAAUUGACCAAGGUAUUCUUGUCGCGGUUGCAUCGUCAUGGCUUUGCUUCAGUAUCCCGCCCCCGUUGACUAUGCGGCGCAGUUGGAUGGGUUCAAGGAUUUCUUGAAGCACUUCAAGAGCUUUGAAUCGACCUCUGAAUCUGCUGCGGCAGAGGCCAUUGAAGACCUGCACAUCGAUGAAGAUGACAACAGCGAUGGAUACGACUUUAUGGACGAUAUUGAAGAGAGUGGAGCGCAGACAAGGGGGUCGAGCCGCCGAAACAGAGCCCCCAAGCUCAAGUACAUGCAGAUGUUACAGGAUGUGGCCGAUCGAGAACGGUCAAACAUUCUCAUCGAGCUCGAUGACCUGGCGACCUACGAGAAAUCCCUUCCCGAAGAUAGCGAAUUGAAGCUCGUCCAGUCGGUUCAAAAAAAUACGAAGCGCUAUAUUGAAGUUUUUUCGCAGGCUGCGGAUGCCAUUAUGCCAAAGGAGACCAAGGAGAUCACAUUCAAAGAUGAUGUCCUCGACGUGAUCAUGUCGCAACGGGAAAAGCGAAACGAGGCUAUGACAAUGCAAAUGGAGGCUGACAAUGACGCUGCUUUAACCCCAGCAAUGUUCCCCGCAGAGUUGACUCGUCGCUAUGUCCUUAAUUUCAAACCCCUCACCCCCUCCGGAUCAAGCAGUGAGCGCGAGUCCAAAGCACUUGCGGUUCGCAAUGUGCGAGCAGAGCAUCUUGGUAGCCUUAUCACCGUGCGUGGCAUUACCACCAGGGUGUCGGAUGUGAAGCCGGCUGUCCAGAUUAAUGCCUACACUUGUGACCGCUGUGGAAAUGAAGUUUUCCAACCAGUGACCACCAAGCAGUUUUCACCAAUGACGGAGUGUGUCUCAGACGAGUGUAAGGGCAACAAUUCCAAGGGCCAACUCUUCCUGUCUACCCGGGCAUCGAAGUUCAUCCCCUUCCAGGAGGUGAAGAUCCAAGAAAUGGCCGAUCAGGUGCCCGUCGGCCAUAUUCCCCGAACCAUGACUAUCAACUGUAACGGCAGUCUUACCCGACAGCUCAACCCUGGCGAUGUCGUGGAUAUUGCUGGAAUCUUCCUUCCUACUCCUUACACUGGCUUCAGGGCCAUUCGCGCUGGCUUGCUUACCGAUACCUACCUCGAGGCUCAACACAUUACCCAACACAAGAAAUCUUACAAUGAUAUUGGCAUGGACAGCCGAACUUUGCGCAAGAUUGAGCAAUACCAAAAAUCGGGUAACAUGUACGAAUACCUUGCGCGGUCGAUCGCCCCUGAAAUCUAUGGCCAUCUGGAUGUUAAAAAGGCGCUGCUCCUCCUGCUGAUUGGCGGUGUUACCAAAGAAAUGGGUGAUGGCAUGCACAUCCGUGGUGAUAUUAACAUCUGCUUGAUGGGUGAUCCUGGUGUUGCCAAAUCUCAAUUACUCAAGUACAUUGCCAAGGUUGCCCCUCGCGGAGUGUAUACGACCGGUCGUGGAAGUAGUGGUGUUGGUCUCACAGCCGCAGUCAUGCGAGACCCUGUCACAGAUGAGAUGGUGCUGGAGGGUGGAGCUCUCGUGCUCGCAGACAAUGGCAUUUGCUGUAUUGAUGAAUUCGAUAAGAUGGACGAUGGAGAUCGGACAGCCAUUCACGAAGUCAUGGAACAACAGACUAUCUCCAUCUCCAAGGCUGGAAUCACAACUACGCUCAAUGCCCGUACCUCUAUUCUUGCCGCAGCUAACCCCCUGUAUGGACGAUACAACCCCCGAAUUUCCCCUGUGGAGAACAUCAACUUGCCCGCUGCAUUGCUUUCUCGUUUCGACGUCAUGUUUCUUAUUCUCGACACCCCGUCGCGCCAUUCCGAUGAGGAACUCGCUGCCCACGUCACUUACGUCCAUAUGCACAACAAGCACCCUGAAAGCGAGGAUGCUGGCAUUAUGUUCACCCCCCACGAAGUUCGUCAGUACAUCGCCAAGGCCCGCACUUACCGACCUGUGGUCCCAUCCAAGGUGUCCGACUACAUGGUCGGCGCCUACGUUGGGAUGAGAAAGCAACAGAAGCGUGACGAGGCCAACAAGAAGCAGUUCUCUCACGUCACCCCACGUACAUUGCUUGGUGUCGUCCGUCUCUCUCAGGCCCUUGCGCGACUUAGGUUCAGCGAGGUGGUCGUCAACGAGGAUGUGGACGAGGCGCUCCGUCUGAUUGAGGUCAGCAGAGCUUCACUGUCCCAUGAUGGCCAGACCGGCCUUGAUCAGAGCCCUACGUCCAAGAUUUACAAUCUCAUCCGUGGCAUGAUGGAGAGUGGUGCCGCAGCCGUUGGAGACGGAGAAGACGGUGAGCUCAGCAUGAAGAGAAUCCGCGAGCGAGUCCUUGCCAAGGGUUUCGACGAGGAUCAGCUCACGAUGACCAUUAAUGAAUAUGAAAAUUCCCACGUCUGGCAAGUCAUUGCCAAUGGAACACGCCUGGUCUUCCUCAACACGGAAGAUAUGGACAUGUAGAGAAUAUACUCAGUCAAAAUGUAAUACCUUGACGCGGCUCCUCCCGAAGUCUCUUUCAAUUGCAAUUAAUUUCCCACGCGCCUUCCCCACGUGCUGUGCUCUGCUGUGCUGUUUCUGCUAGUUCGGCUAUUUGUUGGGUUUCUAAAGAGUAAUUAGUAAGUUGCAUGGGGCAGGCUGAAUUCCGGGAUCGGUGUUUUACGGUGUCUGUCUAUCUAUAUGUAUGUAUGUAUGUAUGAUAUGAUACUUAUGAUAUCUUUGAUUGAGCACGUAGGGUCUGGGAUAUACCGAAUUACCUUUCUUUUCACAACGACCAGCCCUGAUCAGAACUAAAUAAUGGGUUUUUUUCUGCGGGUAAAGAAAUAAAUGAAAGGAAUGAUAAAAAGAUAGAUACUUAGUUAGUGGGAUUCUAACUCUUGAUUGACUCUCUAACUAACCCACGGACGGGGAUAUUACAUAUAUGACUAUACA